CGAGAUAAGUGCGCGUGCGCACUGCGCCAUACUUAUCACUUAUGAAUCAGCUGAUGAAGGAAGAUUGUUGCUGGAAAUUUCAACAGUAUUGAAGAAAACGUUUAAAAAAUAUGUCGUUAAAUACAGCGCACGCUAACGGGGGCGUUUUAAUACACGCCGGAGAAUGCAUAUUAUUAUUUUGUGACAAUGUCACAAUGGAAUUCCAUGGACCAGAACAAGUGGAAUUUGCUGGUACCAAAUAUGGUAGAUUAUACCUGACCACCCAUCGAAUGAUUUUUAAUGCCAAAGAUCUCAAAGAAAGGAUGCAGUCGUUUAGUUUUCCUUUUAUAACAUUAUGUGAUGUUGAAAUAGAACAGCCAAUAUUUGGUGCUAAUUACAUCAAAGGUAAAUGCCGUGCUCAGCCAAAUGGCAAUUGGAUUGGAGAAUGCAAGUUUAAGUUGCAUUUCAAAAGUGGUGGUGCAAUAGAAUUUGGUCAAGCUAUGUUAAGAGCAGCAGCAAUGGCUCAGCGUAAUGGACCAGCAAAUGAUGCUCCACCACCAUAUCAACCACCAACAUCAAAUUGGUAUGCAGCUCCACCACCUGCUUACCAAGCAACACAGACUGGUUAUUAUGGGUGGCUUCCACAAAAUGAUGCAUUUUCACAUACUCCACCAGCAAACAGUGUAUAUAUGACGGAUAUGCCACCUCCAUAUCCUGGUAUAAAUACACCUUAUCAAGGAUAUGCAAACGUACCGCCACAAGGUGCAUGGGGCACUUCCAGUCAACAACCUAAUUGGACACCACCUCAACAAAAUGGAGCACCUGGGUGGGCUAAUCCAAGUUAUAAUGCCCAACCAAUGUCCCAAGCAGAUGCAAAAGCAGCAGAAGCUGCUCAAAGUGCAUAUUAUGAUCCAAACAGACCCCAGUGCGCCUAUGUUCCACCUCCUGCAUACUAUGAAAGUCCACCAAGUUUUCAACAGGCAACAGAGAAAAAGGAUCAGUAGAAAUGCAACCUUGAAGUCUGAAAAUGAUGAUGUAACAUCAGCACAUUGUUCAAUUAGUAUUAUAUGUAUGAUAUGCUGUAUUGCAUAGCAACAGGUAUAUGCAUUCCACUUUAGGUUCUGAUAUAUGUCGUUUUGGUGUGUGUAAUUAAAUGAAACAAUAUUUCUAUCUUUCCUAUGCUAUCCACAAUUUUUAAAUAUAACACGAUAUAUUGUACUUUUAUGCUUCAAAGUAUGCGAGUAUCUAUACUUGCUAUAUCAAUCUGUAUAAACGAUUUAUAAAAAAAAAAAAAUUCUAUCGCGUUGUGUUUUAUGCAAUUAAAUGAAUAUAUAAAAUAAAAGUUGCUAUAUAUGAGUAUGCAGGGAAAGUCAUAUUGAAACACUUUAUCUAUAUUCAUAUAUUUUAUUAAAAAUUAUAGGCUGAAUAUAUUUGUACAUAUACAUACAUAUAUAUAAUUAAAUAUAAAAUAAAUAACAAUUGACCGCCUUCGGUAAAGUUUAUGCAUUAAAUUUACACGAAAUUUCGUUAGCCAAAGCGUAUUUAACUGUAUGUAUCUCUUUAUUGGAAGUAAAAUGUUCUAUAAUAGCUUGUGCUACAUGCAUUUUUAAAUGCAUAUACAUGUAUAAGAAUUCAAAUAUACGAAUACAGAAAUAAUUUUCAAACAUA